AUGCCAAUAGCGGACUUGCUGGGAGUGCGCUUUGACAUGCAGCUCCUGGCCAAGCUGACUGUGUCUGCUGCUGCUAUUCUUUUUGUCACCUGGGUUUUUCGAUUUUACAGCUCCAGGGCUCGAGGUCAAACACGGGCCAAGAAGAGACUCCCUCCUCCCAGGAGCACUCAACCAAGUCCUGAAACCUGCAUCCCUUGCAAAACGGUGUUAGAACCUCUGAAAGAAAGCAAGAAAGGGGAAUAUGAUGGAGAAAACCGGUCUAGGCAGUCCUCUGUGGAUUUUGGGCAAGGCAUUCUUCAACUACAAAACACAGAUGCCAUGGUUAAAAAGGAAGAGAAUAAAGAGUUUGAGGACUUUGUGACCAGCACAGAGGGAAGUUCCUCGCUAACCUCUGGUGUGGAAUGCAACACAGAAGCGGAUACAAAGUUUGAGGACUUUAGGACGAAUACAGAGGGAAAUUCCUCACCUUCCUCUGGCGUGGAACAUAACAUGGAGGACUUCUGGGAUAAGGCAGAGAGAGAGGUCAAGGAUUGCAAAACAGGACAGACUCUACUGACACCUGGUUUACAUGUCAAGGCAGCAACAAAUCCAAGUGGACGUCGCUCACCAUGCCAGCUAAAAAAACUGGAUGGUGGAGUUGAAGUUGGCAGAGAGCUCAUGCAGAAUAUGGGUCAUCCUGGUACUUUUUCCAGUUUCCAGUCAAAGGCAGAGAUCAAAGUGGAGAAUGCUGACCUGGUAAUAGAGGGGCCCGGUGAUCGAAGCACUGCAGUUCGUGGUAAGAUUUAUGAUUAUUUUGUCGAGACAACCUCACAGUCGUUUUCAGAUUUAAGCCCCACCCACUCUAUGAGUCCAACUUAUGGACCAUAUGAAGCUAAUACUUUGUCCAAUGUAAUGGAAAAACCCCGAACACCAAGUCCCUUGCCUUCAUCUUUAAUCAUAAGAGAUCUGGAAUUCUCAAAUGACUCAGAUAGGGUGUCUCAAGCGCCAAUCAGAUCAGAAACUGGAAGACUUCUGAGACAUGGAUUAAUUCGCAAGGACAGUUAUCUUGCUGCUGCUACAGAGUCAGAACUCCAGAUCCCUUUCCCCCCUCUAGUGACUCGUAGCCGCUCACCAUCACUUCUAAAUGAGCAUUCAACAAACUCCCCAGAGUCACCUAAAGAAAUACAAGAAUUUGGUUGGAAAUCCUCUGAGGAUCCACAAGUGGAAACAGUGGCUCGGGCCCAGUUUCUUCAUUUUCCUGUAGAGAACAUAGGAAAAUCAGAACUGGAGAGUUUAACUGGAAAACUUCAUUUGGGCAAUUGUCUGGAAGCACUGAUGCUCGCCAAGAAACAUGGACAUGAUGUUCUUCAGCAGGCUGCUCUGAGAGUUAUGUCAGACAAUUACUUCCAGGUCCUACGAGAUCCAAACUUGUACGGUCGACUGAGGGCAGGUGAGCGAGACCAGAUCCAGAGACAACGCAAGAGAGGCAGAAGAUGCCUCAUGGUGGCAGACAUGGACUCCCCAGAUUGGGCCAGAAGUCCAUCACAGUCUACAGACUCCUACACUGUUAGAGGAUCUAGUGGACUUUACUACUAUGACGAUUACAAAGACACCUGGCACCUUCAGUGCCGAAUCCCUCAAGAAGUCUUAUCCAAGGGCUGUGCAAUGUGCACCAUGGACAACUACCUGUUUGUAGCUGUAGGCUUCCAACGGACAGUGCCAUCAAGGAAAGUGUUUUGCUACAACCCUGUGACCUCCAUUUGGAGUGAAAUCUGUCCAAUGAAUGAGGCCAGGCCUCACUGCAAGCUCGUAGCCCUACAGGACCAUGUCUACGCCAUUGGAGGGGAGUGUCUAUCGACAGUGGAGCGUUAUGACCCCAGGACUAACAGAUGGACCUUUGUCGCACCACUGCCCAAUGAAACUUUUGCUGUUGCUCAUCGGGCUACAGCUUGUAACGGCGAGCUCUUUGUUUCUGGUGGCACUCUGAAGUAUACGCUCUUGCGUUACAACCCCAAAACUGAUGUCUGGAGACAGAGCUUGAUUGUAGGCAGCAAAGAAAGGACCACAGAAAUGGUAGCAGUUCGGAGCUUCCUCUAUCGGUUUGAUGUUAACCCUUACAUAGGGAUCAGUGUGUAUCGCUACCACGUUGUGGCCAGGCUAUGGUAUGAGUGCUGUUCCAAGCAAAUACCCCACUGCCCCACCUUUCAGUGCAUCGCUAUGGACGACGUCAUCUACUGUGUAAGUCGGCAGUUCACUAUGAGGUUCUUAGCUGAUGAAAAAUCUCCAGGCUUUGUGGCAGAUGAUUUACAAAUCCUCACAGCAGCUAAGGGUAUUUUAUUCCCUUUUGUUCUUGCCCUGCCUGAUAAAAGCACUCUUCAAACCAGCGUUUGAGUUCAGUCAGCUCAGCCGAGAAAAAGACUGACGCACUCAGAGUUCAUAGUUGGAGACCAUAUUAAGUUACUGGAAUGCACAGUUGUCUUAAUCAGUGGCAGUCGAAGUGAAAUAUCAAGGCUAUUAAAGCCAGUAAUUGUAAAGCUAGAUCAGAUUUAGUGUGCACUCCCAGUGAGAUAAAUCUGCCGUUCCAAUGAGAGCUGUUUGUUAUCAGAGUUUUUCAGUCCACUCUUGGGUCUAAGUAAACUCUUAAAUCUUGCUAAUGUCUAGUGCUACUGCUUAAAGUGUUUCACUCGAAUAUACUGCUCCAAAAUGCUAUAAGCAAAAUGUCAGCUAAUCAAUAUGUAGAGUGGAGCCAUGCUGCAAUUUGCUGUAAUGAAUAACACAAAUGCUCGUCAUUUCCAAGAUUUAUGAAGGAUGGAAUACUUUGCUCUCACGCCCAUUUGAGAACUUGAACUCGUGAAUAAUUCAAAAGGAUAAAUUAACAAACGCUGCCUUUUUUCCACUGUCCUUCAUUGACAUCAAUGUCUUGACUUUUAUGUUUAUCACUUUUUAGGUAAGUCAAAUGAAAGCUGCUGAAAGAAGUAAGGCUAAUGCUGUCGAAUACUAGUUUUGCCACUGAAUGUGUCUAUUUUAAGUUUUCAAAUGUAUAAUAUAUUUUCAGCAACAUAAUCUCAUGAGGGAUAGCCUGUGUAGAGUGGGUAGUAUUACUGCCACAUAGCUCCAGGGUUCAAUCCUGAGUUCGGAUUACCGUUCGUGUGGGAUUUCACAGGGUCUCCCUGUUUUUUUGGUUACCUCCCAUCUCUCAAAACGUCCUUGUAACCCUAUAUUAACCUUCAUAUCUUUUCAUGUAACUUGAGUUGUGCAUAUGCAUACAAGGAGACCAUCUCAAUUUUCAGAAUACUCAGUGUCAAAUUUCACUUUCUGUAUGUCACAUGUAAAUAUUAUAGAUGUAAUAUAUCAAAUAUUAUAUAUUAUAAACAAUGUACUUACUAUAUUGAGUGUGUGUGUAUAUAUAUUCUGAGUUCAACUUAUAUGAUGUGCUUGGAAGGUUUCUGUACUAUAAAAUAAGCUUAGUUAUGCUGUUUAGCUAUGCUGUUUGAUGCAAAUUGUUCAAAUUAUGCUAAUGAAAUAAUAAAGCCUGGACUAUAAUGUACCUUAUAAAUACAUGUGAUCAAUUCUUUGAUGGUUUAAAACACGACAAGGACUUUCAAACAAAGCUGAGAAGAAAAAAAAUACUGAAUGAUAUACCGUACCAUGCCUGCCUGCUCACUUGUUCAUGAUCUGUAACGAUGGCACCAUCAUGUGGAUGUUUACCAUGAGUCAACAGAUUCUAAACUGCUUGUGCAUAAACUGGAGAGAGGGGGGGGGGAAAAAAAAAAAAAACAAGCACAGUUAAAAUGUAGGACCUA